CCGUAUGUGCUGUCGCAUUUUACAAUUUGUUAGUUGUUCAUGCCUGCGCUGAGCACAUGGAGUCUGAAGAUACAGAGGAGCUAGCUAAGUUUAGACAACAGUGGAGAGAUGAACUUCAACAGAGAUCUACCGAUGACGCCGAACGAACGGCUAGGGAGUUCUUUUUGAAAGGCGUGGCUUUUGAAAGAAGAGGAAAUCAUUAUGAAGCACUUCACUUUUACCGUCAAGCCAUUCAUCUUGUUCCAGACAUCGAGAGCCGUGUUUCACAAGAUGAAAAUUGUGCUUUUUCAGGCACAUUGCAAAUGCCACCAAGCAUAUCUGGCUAUCCGAGGUUCUGAAAUUCAAACGCGCGUAAUUCAAAUUUGGCGUUUGCAGUUGUGUUGAAAUUUGGAGACAAUGAGGAGAAAUGAAAUAUCUGUUUCUAUAUUCAGUUUCUUGUUCAAAAAUGAUUUUCCUAAGGGACUCCCAUUUGUGGAACUGUGAUGUCGACGUUUAGAACAUAUUGUCGCGUUUCUUGCUGUCAGAAGGAUGCACGACUCUGAA